AUGUCAACGACCUCCUUGAGAGGUCAUACCCUGCGGGAAACAAUAAAUCCAUGGGAGGAAAAACAGAUUAUCCCACUGGUUCGAGAUCCGGAAGCCCUGAACAGCGAAGAGCACUCGGCAGCAGCGCCACCAGUAGCGGCUUGUCUUUCUUUGACCAAGCAAAUGCAAGAGUUCAAAAGCCAGCAGGCAGCCAAGACUCAUGGCCUACCAAUCAUAGCGAACAUAUCCCCAUUCGCGUCAUCGUUGAUAUACCAGAGCGAUCUCAAAAGCCCGCUCAAAGGGAACCCGUUGACCAGAAAUUCUAUCAACGCGCUGGGGGACAUCCGCUCCAGGGUGACUCACGAGCCGUCAAGCCUGAAAAGUCUGACUUUCGAGGACCGAGUACCAACUCCAAGAAGGACGGAGAUCCACGAGGACAUGAUAUACCAGCGAGAGGUAAGAAAGACGGAGGCUCUGAAGACAGAGACUGCCACCAUACCCAUCACCACCACUAUUGGCUCCGGCCAAGGUCUUUUGCAAUCGAGCCCAUGCCAAAAUCUACCCAAGAGGAAAGUCAGCGAAAGCUGGAGCAUGUUGCAGAAUCGACGCAUGAGUCGAAGAUGCGACGAACAAAUGUCAACAUCGACAGAGAACAUCGCGACCGAAAAUGUCCGACAUCUGAAAAGCGUCAAGAAAAGGAUCAGGGCUUUGGUACCAAAAGCAAACCAAACGCUGGCCUUCCAGCACCAAAACGAUGCGAUCCACAAGGGGGCCGGGAAAUACUCUGCGAGAAAUUUGGCAGACAGCGGCAGACAGGAGAACCAAGCCGAGGACCCUGUCACAUCACACAUGUCCAUGUCUACAUCACACCUAACCGCGUUAGAGCAAGUCAACCAGCAGGACCAGAGCAAGAUCGCAUCGACGGGGGCGGCGCGGGCCGCAGUGGCCGAGUCGGGCAAAAAGACGGUGGAAACUCAGAAACGGAGCCUCCCAGCGGGAGGAACGCCCAGAGUGCUGCCUCUCAGUCUCAGGAAGCCUCUCCCAGACUGUGUCCCGAGUAGGAGAUUGCGGAACAAGUUCAAAAUCAUGAGGUUCUCGGGCAAAAGCCCGUCGAAGCCAAGCGACAGAGCAGCGGACGUCAUAGAAUCGGACAACAGCCGCAAGAGUUCGAAGGCGUUUUAUGUCAUGAUAGGGAGAGACGGCAAUCGGCAAGACACACCAACGGAGAACGAGAAAUUGUCAGCAGCCAGCCAAGCCAGCUGGAAGGCUGGCUGCAGCACGUCAACGACCCUGGUGAACAGCGACUCCGAAGGCGGCGACACCGGAAGUCGUUUGAGAGAAGACAUGUUGAAUAAGUGUGUGCUAAAGUGCGCCACCCACGGCAAGCAGAUCGCGGGGAGCUUGGCUCGAUGGUACUGGAAAGCCAUAUCACCUUGCUUUGAUCCGACAUCGCCUGCCAGAAAGCGACUUGAUGCCAACGAGUCAAACUGGAGGGACGUUGGACUGUUUCUAGUCGCGCUGAGUAGUAUCUUCAUCCUAUUGGCGGUAGCGGUCCGCAGCGCGCAGGGGAUUGCGUGGGUGAUCCAGAUGGUGCAAGGCUUGCUGGGGAGGUUGAUUACGAUUCUCGGUUGUUAA